CUUUUAUAUGUAGACACACUGAUUAAGUAAGCAUUGAGUUAAUUUAUUCGCAUAAGUGCUAUGUAUAUGGUUGGUUUCUAAUAUAUCUGACAGUGACUGUUACUGACUUGGUAGGCGCUUUUUAUUACCUCAGCCUACUUCUACACUUGAAGAAUAUAGAAAAUAGGCGAACAUGAUCCUUCAUUUUUCCAGAUGUUUCUGAGAAGCGUCUAUUCAAUGCCGAUUUAGCAAAACAUUUUCACACUUUUCACGAGUUUCUAUAGACUUUGUUGAAUGAUAUUCGUUUCUCCAUUUUCCUAUUGAUGCAAAUGAGAAAUUCUUGAAAAAUGAAAUCUUCCUUUUUUCUUGACUCAUUGUAAAGUAGGCACUGGAUGUGAAGUAAAAUUAUUGUUUUAUGUAAGAAAUAUGUGGGUUAUGCAUAACUGUUUUUCUAUGAUAUCGAUGAGUCGCUCUAGGAAGAGAUCUUUAUCACUCAACAUUAAUUUGUACGUAUAUGGAUAAUCAGGAUUCAACUGUUACUACUACAACAUAUUUUGUUGGAUAAAUGUGGUUUUAUGUUUAUCCUUAUUAGUGAGAGUUUGUCUUCUGGACAGUAAUACUAUGAAGUGCCAUAUUCUAAGGAACUAUGGUGAGUAGAACACAAUUUUCUCCUUUGAUUACGCACUAAGUCACACCGUCACUUAAACCUUUGUCGCUUCAGUAAGAGAGCAGAGCAGACUGUUCUUGACGAGAACGCUUUUUCUGUCACCAUAAGGAGUGGAAAAGGCAAUACUCCUGUCCUGUUUAUGCCCAAUAUAAGUUCGUAUAGCUGGCAUUGUGCUACAAUAUUUGUGUUCUGGUUAAUCAUAGUACACGGUCCUCCAUGCAUAGGUGGAUUGAGCACAAUUUGAACGUGGAAACAAAUGAUUCAGAGUAGUAUGAAUCGCAUAGUUGCUAUUGAUGAUAGGUAACUAAAUGUAAAUUUCUUGCGAUGACUAAUACAAUUUACAGUUCUAUCGAGGAUAGACCCACGCCACCCCUUUCUUUGGCCACGGUAGCGCCUGAAAACUCUUCAAAUCGUUCGUUGCCGUUCAUAGAUGAUCCUGGUUUAUGCCUUAAACACUCUCCUGAUGUGGCACUCUUAGUCGAUAAUGAUGAUGUACACUCACUCAUAGUAGCAGCAGCCGCUGUUGAGACUGAAGAUUCCAGGGUUCAUCAAGGUUUACCGUCAGUUCGUUCUUCUGGAUUUGACACUCCACCUGAUUCAAGAAGUAACCGACUUGUAGACACCUUUGAUUCUGUAUCUAAAGCGACAGACGAGAAUCUAAUUGAUAUAGAACAAGUUAUUUCAUUACCAGCUGUUGACGAUGAGUACCUUCUAAAAACUGCCAACGAUCGUCAUGUCGAUACAGUAGUGAAUAUUGACCUUAGAUGUAUUUCUCCUCCAGACAAAAUUCUUCCAACAGAUAGUGGCGAGUUAAUAUCAUCGAAAACAUCUGUUAUGUUCUCUGCCGAAACAGAUCUCCCUGGAGUUUCUGACGUAAACGUUAGUGCUAAGUCUGUGAUACUACUACACGAGUCAUCAAUUAGUUGCAAAGCAACAACAACUCAGUUCUUUGCAAAUACGAAACUUGUAUCUCCUGUAGUGGCGUCUGCUGAGAGUUCUAUUGACAUCAAGCGUGAAACAGAGAAUCAGAAAGAUGAUUGUUUUAUUCAGUCUGCUGAUGAUGAUAAGAAGUUUAAGACAACUACAUCCAUGUCCCCUUUAGUUGGGUUAGACAAGCAGAUACAACAUCCAUUACCAGACUUUAAGGAUAGUAGAGUAGCUAAAGAAAUGACUCAUUGGAACAUAGAAUGGCACCAUAACACUCCCUACGCAAAUCAUCAUCGAGUGUGGGAAAGAUUAAUAGGAAGCAUACGUAGACCUUUGAGCGCAGUAUCUAUGUCCUACGAGACACUCACCACCUGUUUGACUGUAGCAGAAAGAAUACCUAAUGAUAGACCACUCUUACAGACGCGACCAAAAUGGACACAAGGAAGACGAGAUUUACAAGUUCGCGGUCCAGUCUUGAUUAUUGGGGACACUUAUGCACGAAAUAACUGGCCUAAAGACCUCGUGGUAAGCUUUGACCCAGGAGGAGAUGGUCAAUGGAAAUAAGCGAAGAUCAGAACGCGGAAAGGUACAAUUAUUAGAGGCAUACGUAGAAUUUGUUUAUUAGGAGCUGACGACCGAAAAGUAGAGAAUAGAGAGACUUUUCAGAGUGACUGUGGCUAGAGU